AUGAGCGACUCAAGAGAAGAUUCUCCUGACUGGUUACGCUCUUUCCAGGUAGAAAAUGAAGAAGAAUUGCUUUGUGCAGGACUGAGGAUGCACAUCAGGCUGCUCUAUGGAAACAUGUGGAACUUCUUGAAAUUUACUCUGUUUUACAAGAUGAAAUUCCUGUUAUACGAAGGUUUACUGGAGGAGGGAGAUAAUGUUAUUGUUGAUCAGGGGACAAUGUUUGUCACAUUUACAUGCAAUAAGGAUGCAGUUCCAGGUUUACAAUCAUAUCCUCGACCCAUCAUGUCAUGGAGCAGCCUAGUGUAUCAAAAAGUAUUUCAACGAAUUUUGGGGAUUUUAGCCUUUGUGAGAAUGGUGUGUGUUGCAACAUGUAGCCUCUAA